AUGAAAGGCGUUAUACGUUUUGGAAAAAAUGGAAAGUUAAGUCCCCGAUUUAUAGGUCCAUUUGAGAUAUUGGACAAAGUGGGGAAAGUAGCCUAUCAUUUGGCAUUACCACUAGCUCUAGCCGAAACACAUAACGUGUUCCAUAUUUCUAUGUUGAGGAAAUACCUGUCAGAUCCAACCCAUGUGCUUAAUUAUGAAUCAUUGGGAUUGAAGCAGGACCUGAGUUACGAUAAGCAACCAAUGCAAAUCAUAGAAAGAGGAAUCAAGGAGUUGAGAUCGAAGAGAAUUCCGCUAGUUAAGGUCUUGUGGAGAAAUGGCUCGGUUAAAGAAGCUACAUGGGAGUUGGAAGAAGACAUGAAGGCGCGAUAUCCAGAAUUAUUUGGUACGUAA